UCUUUUUAAAUUUUGUGCAGUUCUUUUUAUAACAAGCUUUUCUCCUACAACGACACACUCUCAUUCUUCUUCUUCUUACUAUAAACCCUGCAAUUUCUCAUACCAACAGCCCUAUUUUAAUUCUUACAAUAUGGGCUGGGUCGGUGGCAAAUCCUCCAAAAGAAGAGGAAAUACAGACUCAUCCGUAGAUAAAGAAAAUGCAACAACUUCGCCUGGUUGCAUGUGUUCUGUCUUUCACUUAUUUGAUUUCCAUAACUUUCAAAUUCCUUCACAACCCAAGCACCUCCCUUCUUUAAAUCUUGACACUUUACUUCUUGAUGACCCUCCAUUAAUUAUCUCCAAAGGUUAUGAAGCACCAAGAAAUAGCUUGGAGUUAGAUCAAGAACUUGAACUUCCAUCUUCAUCUACCAUACAAGAAGAACAUCAAAGCUUGUUAAAUAUCCCAAUGGCUAUUCAAAUCAAAACAAAUGAUACUUCAUCAGAAAUCAGCUCUUCACCAAGCACCAAGACUCCAACCUUAGUAGCUAGGCUCAUGGGUCUUGAUCUUCUUCCUGACCAAACCUAUUCUCCAGUCUCUAACUCAUCAACUCUUAUCGACACACAAAAUCCUCAGCGGAAGUCUCAUUAUUCUAAACGCAGAAGCAAACUACCCGGUGAUAAUUCUUCAGGUACACGUUCUUUGCCGGAGACGCCAAGAAUAUCGUCGGCGAGACGAUCAGACGUUGAGCACCGGUUGUCACUUCAAAUCAAUAAAGAAAACACGAGCCCAGCCGAAGAGUUGAGUCUCUCAAAUUUGAAAAGAAGAGAGCUCAAAACUUAUGAAGACGAGAAUCGAAGCCCCGGCCAUUACGCUCGGCAGAUUGUGAAGCAAGUAAAAGAAAGUGUGAGCAGAAAAGUUGGUUUGGAUAUUACGAACACAGUGAGAAGCAGUAGAGAUCAUCAUGAGCUUGUUAACCAAUUGAAAACCAAGAAAAUAUUGAGCAAAGUUGGCCAUGAUGAUUCAAGCAAGAACGCAAUGGUGGCUUCAGCUUCUUGUUCACCAAGACUCAAAUUCUUGGAGCCAAGAAAUAUUAAACCGGUACAAUCCAAGAAGGACCUGAUUAAUAUUUCUCAAUCUUUAACGAAAACAAAUUCUUCGGAGGUUAAUGUAAUCUCACCAAAGAUUACUAAACCGCCCACAAAGCUGAAGAUUCAAGAACAAGCAGUUCAGCAACAUCAACUUCAAAUACACGUCAAGAAAUGCAAGAAAGUUGCGGAAGAGAGAUUCCGUCCACCACCAAGACUGAUCAGAAAACCUCCGCAAACUUCGGAUAUUAUCCGAAACAAUAAGCAAGAAGAAGCAUUUGUGCGUCAAGCAACAGUAACAAAAGCAAACAUUCCUGACAAAAAAUUCAAGAAAACAACUCCGUUGUCAAAUGAAAUUCUCAACAUUACCGUCCCUACACUUCUCCUUCCUGUCAAGAAAGAUCCUACUCCGCGAGCUACCAAAAUCCCUCAAAAACCGGCUCCAAACAGUUCUCAAGAAUCGAAACGCAUCUCACAGUUAUCUAGUUGUUCGAGCCAUGACUCAUCGUACAAACAACAAAAACAGACUCCUCCUACAACUAGUAGUACACUCAAUGCCCGAGUCAGCAGCAUUAACGACACGUCAAACGGUGCCGUUUCUGCAGCCACCGGAGCAGCAAAAGAAGAACACGAGUACAUCAGCAGAAUACUAAAACGUACAGGCGUAGACAAAGAUUCCCCAGUGUCUUUUACUGGGUGGUUUUCACCUUCUCAUCCAUUAGACCCUUCGAUUUUUUACUAUCUUGAAUAUUUUACUCCUGCUUUUACCAACUACAUCCAACUCAGUCACCGGUGUAACAGAAAGUUACUGUUUCACCUAGCCAAUGAAAUUUUAGUUGAGUUCUUAAAACCUUACAUGAACUUAAAACCUUGGUUAGGAGUUAGAUUUUGUUUAAGUACUGUUCAUGGGUCUGAUUUAGUUGAUAUAUUGUGUUCCAAAGUUAGAAGCUUUCCAUGUACGGACUGUCGAGUUCUUGAAGACAUUGAUGCGUUAAUAGAUAAAGACAUGAUGACGCCGCAGUCAAAUUUUCAAAAUGAGACGGCGUUUAGUGAAGAAGCGGAGGGGAUUGUAACGGAGUUAGAGAAGGAUUUGCUGGACAGUUUGAUACAUGAAACGGCGGUAAUUUUUCAUGGGGGGGUUUGAAAACGUCAUGACGUUUUGUUUUUUGGUAAAAGAGUGAGACAGAGAGCAGAAGGGUCACAUGGGUGGGGUGAGUCACCGGUCACCGGUCACGUGAUGAGAUGCUAUUUGUUGGGGUUGAAAGUUAAAGGAGAGAUUGUGGUGUACACGUGGAGAUAUGUGGAGUUUUGACUCUGACAUUAGUCACUUUCUUAUUGGCUCUUAAAAGACAACAUUUGACAGAGGAAUCCAUUAGUUCUCUUUUUAUUUUGUUGUGUAUAUUGUUGUAUAGUAAUGUAAUGAAAGUUUAUUUUUCUUGAUUA